CUCUGUCCGUCCGUCCGUCCGUCCCGUCCGGUCCCUUCCCGAUGGAGGCGCUGCGGGCGGCGGGACGGGCCGUGCUGCGGAGCCCCAGCCUCGCCCGACACCGCCUGGGCGUCGCCCGCCUCCGCCGCCACCAGCUGCCGGAGUCGUGGUCCGACAUGCGGGAGCCGCUGCUGGAGGGGAUGGGCUUCGGUCUCAAGUACCUGGGCAUGACGCUGGUGGAGAAGCCCAAGGGGGAGGACAUGGCCAGCGCCGCCAUCCACCGGAUCCUCGCCACGGCUCGGGUGGGGCCCAAGAAAUUCCGGAAGGUGAUCUUGACUGUCUCCCCGCGAGGACUCUCUCUGCAAGAUGCUGAGACAAAGGAGACCAUUGAGACCAUCUCCAUCUACAGGAUUUCCUAUUGCACCACAGACAAGCUGCAGAACAAAGUCUUUGCCUACGUGGCACAGAACCCCCAGAGCGGUGCCCUCGAGUGCCACGCCUUUCUGUCACCCAAGAAGAAGAUAGCCCAGGCUGUGACUCUGACGGUGGCUCAGGCCUUCCAGGUGGCCCUGGAUCUCUGGGAGGCUGCGCAGGCAGGCUCCAGGGAAGGGGAGCAGGAGAAGAAGCCCUCCUUGAGUCCGCUGUGCCCCCCUGUGGAAAGCACCCGCCCACCUGGCAGGUCUCCCCUUGGCAGCCCCCCCUUCAAGACCAACUUUGAGCUGCGUAGAGGAGAGGGGCCGCCCCACCACAGGUGUGGGGGGGCUUGCAUUUGGGGGCUCCCCAGUUGCCCGCUUCCAGUCAGUGGCGGCCUGGGGCUGCAGCCCCCCCAGCAGCUGCCUGCCUCCAGGGACAUUUUUCUGAGGCUGCUUCUCCUCAUCCUUCUCCUGCCACUCGCCGUGUCUCCACUGCUCAUCUCCAGCACAGCCUCUGCUGCCCCUUGUCUGUCACCCACAAAGGACCAGCUGCCCCCCACCCCUGGGAACCCUCAGCAGCAACCCAGGCCAGCCCCUCACCCAGCUGGCCCGUGGGGCAUUCAGCAGGGAUCCUCAGCCCCAGGACCUCUUCUGCAGGGUGGGGCAGCAUGAGUCUUGGGGGUGGGUGCACUAGGCCUCCUCAUGGUGCUCUUGAGGCCUGAACAUUGGGGGGGGGCAGCAUUCAGAUUCCCGUCAGUCCUCACCCACCCUAUAUUGAGGAGGGCUGUGUUGAGUGUAGAUAAAUCCUUCCCUCUGCUGCCCCCCCCCCCGCCGUCCAGCUCUGGUGGGAAGGCAGCCCCCUCCCCUCCCCACCAGCUGCUCAUCACUGCCAAAUCACAGCUUUGUAGCAAAAAGACUAGUUUUUAAUGUCCUUUUCUAAAGGGAAAUAAACCAUUUCUACUGUUGUUGUA